GGUCCCUUGGAAUGUUGCUAUCGGUCUUCGCGAAAUAUACACAUUGUUUAUGUGACAUGCGCGCAUAAUUUAACUAAUCUAAUAAGAAUCAGAUUAAAGUGUUUGGUAUAGUGACAGUGAAGUGCAAUUUUGUAUAUUAAGCUCCUCUGAGGUUGUGUCGUGUUUGUAUUCCAUUGAAAGCGCGGUGCUCGCUCGUCCGGUGUACGGGACGUCGCCCCCAGAGUUUUACUAAGAGGAUGAAGCGUCGGACGUGCGUAGUGGGCGCGCGGGCGAGGUGAGGCAAUAUGGAUCAUGCGGUGAAGGCAAUGUCGGCGCGCGGGCCGCUGGCUCGACUGCUCGCGCGCCGACGCUUCGAGUCCGCUGAGUUGGAAGAGCUGUAUGCCCGUUACGCCUGCAAGCUGCAGCGCACCUCGGUCGGCUCCGCGUUAGCGUUGUGGGCGGCUCUUGCCGCUGCUCUGGCUGCCGUCGAUGCCACUAAAGGAUGGCGAAGAGCUCCUCAGGUGGGCGUGUUAAGUGCCCACGCUGUGCUCUGCGGCGGCCUUGCGUGGUGGUGUGGCCGUGCCGGUGGCGUGACGCCCGAGCGGCGUCUGCCUCGUGCUUGCUGGCUCGCUUUAGCCGGUGGUGGAGUAGCUCUAGCUGCUACGCUACCAGCUUGGAGCCCCGGUGCAGCUGUCGAAGGGGCUGCUCACGUGAUUUGGGCCGUAUUUGCUGCGUACGCCCUUCUACCCGUUGGCGCUCCAGUUGCAGCAGCUUUUGGCAUUCUUCUUCCCAUCGUGCACACCAUAGCAGCAGCUCUGGUCGCCUCCCGCUUCCCGUAUAAUGUUUGGCAACAGAUGGUGGGCAAUAUAGUCGUAUUUAUUUGCGUGAACGUGGUGGGAGCCUUGAUGCAUUCAUUGAUGGAAACCGCCCAGAGAAGAGCCUUCCUCGACACACGGAACUGUAUAGCUGCCCGUCUUGAUAUGGAAGAUGAGAACGAAAAGCUGGAAAGGUUGCUGUUAUCUGUACUACCACAACACGUUGCCAUGGAGAUGAAGAAUGACAUCAUUUCGCCUGUUGAAGGCCAGUUUCAUAAGAUCUACAUACAGAAGCAUGAACAAGUCAGUAUUCUUUUCGCUGACAUCGUGGGCUUCACGGUGCUUGCAUCGCAGUGCAGUGCGCAGGAGUUGGUGCGACUGCUUAACGAACUUUUUGGUCGAUUUGAUCAACUUGCCAAUGACAAUCACUGUCUUCGCAUCAAGAUUCUGGGCGACUGCUACUACUGCGUGUCCGGGCUGCCCGAACCUCGCUCUGACCAUGCACGCUGCACUGUCGAGAUGGGCUUGGACAUGAUUGAUGCUAUCGCAUCCGUGGUUGAAGCAACGGAUGUCCAGCUAAACAUGCGCGUGGGCAUCCAUACUGGGCGCGUGCUGUGCGGCGUGCUGGGCCUACGCAAGUGGCAGUAUGAUGUUUGGUCAAAUGACGUCACUCUUGCUAAUAAUAUGGAAGCUGGGGGGGAACCAGGGCGGGUGCACAUCACUCAAGCGACGCUGGAGUGCCUCGGAGGCGCGUAUGAAGUGGAGCCGGGGCACGGCGCUAGCCGCAACGCGUACUUACGGGAUCAUUCCAUACAGACCUACUUUAUUAUUCCACCUCCCAGGCGAAGAAAGAUGUGCCUGACAGCCGGGAUGGGUCUAAGUACAGGGUCCCGUAGGAAACUCUCGUUCAAAAACGUUUCAAACGUUGUAGUACAAUUAUUGCAUUCGAUAAAAUUCAAUGUCGACGUACCAUUUUCAAACAUGGCCGCUUCGCCACAGGAGCUCAAAGCUAACGCCGCUAGAAAGGUGCAAGACUUGCGUCGCGCGCUGCACGCCGAGCCGGGCUCCGCGGAGGCUCUGCGGCUGGCUGCCCUGAAGGACGACGUGAGCGCGCUGCACCGCCCCCCGCCGCCCUCGCCCCCCGCCUCCGCCCCGCACCAACACACCUUCGACGCCGUCAUGCAACACCACGCACUACGCACACAUGCAACGAAUAAAGUGACGGAGAAGUUUAAGCGGCCUUUGAAAAAGCGUCAUUCCUCUGUGUACCACCAGCCCACGAACCGCGUCAACAAGUACCUGGCGCAGGCCAUCGAUGCGCGUUCCGUGCACCGCGAAAAGGCCACACACGUGCACUUGCUGACACUUUGCUUCAAGGAACCUGAUAAAGAAGAACAGUAUCGCGCUUCAACAGAUGGUGGAUGGGCUGGUUCUUUAAGUGCUGCUUUGGGUGCUUUAGUGGCAGCUGGAGCGCUUCAAGCCGCAAUUCUACCACGGACACUGAUCCUUCUUAUACUCUUUGUAAUCGCAUUCGUGUGGUCUGCUGCUGUACUCGUUCUGACGUUGGCAGCCAGGCUAAGACUCAUACCCUGUGAUGUAUCAAGACCUUUUGCCCUUAGAAAUGCCAUUACUACGUUUACCAUUGUUUUGGGCUACGCUGUCGGACAAGCUAACGUGUUGUCAUGCCAACCGGUAAACGUGUGCGGCAACCUAACAGAGAACACUACGACCAUAGAUGGACUGAGAUCUCUGAAGGGGGAUGCGGUAUCCGCUCUAUGGAGCAGUCCGGACAUACAUCGCAUGUGCCCUAUACCACUUUACAUAACUCUCGGGUGCUGCUUGAGUAUGUUAACCGUCGCUGUGUUCUUGCGAUUACCGAUACUGAUAAAGGGGAUUUUAUUGGCGGUGAUGACGGCAGGAUAUGUCGCUGUCAUGCUUAUUUAUCAUAAAUACCUGUUCGAUUGCUACGAUCUUAUGACUGAUUCGAGCGUAGUCAGUUCGGCAUACGUGUCAAGUGCGUGGGCGGUGGCUCUGGCACUGGCUGUGCUGCUGCAUGCGAGGCAGACUGAGUGGACGGCGAGGCUCGACUUCUUGUGGCAGGUGCAGGCCAGGGAUGAGAAGCGGGACAUGGAUGCGUUACAGGCAUCAAACAGAAGAAUACUUUUUAAUCUGCUUCCUGCACACGUGGCUACACAUUUCUUGGACAAUCAGUUCAGGACAAAUAUGGACCUCUACCACCAGUCGUACCACCGGGCCGGAGUGGUCUUCGCCUCCAUCACCAACUACCACGAGUUCUACAUGGAGCUCGACGGCAACAACCAGGGAAUGGAGUGCCUGAGGCUGCUGAAUGAAAUUAUUGCCGAUUUUGAUGAGUUACUCGGCGAAGAACGAUUCAGUGCGAUUGAUAAAAUAAAAACGGUCGGUUCAACGUACAUGGCAGCCGUCGGUCUAAUACCGGACAAGAAGAUGGCCGACGACCCAAGCACAAAGAAACAUUUAGCAACUCUUGUGGAAUUUGUAUUCGCUAUGAGAGAUAAACUUAAAGAUAUUAAUGAUAAUUCUUACAACAACUUCAUGCUACGAGUUGGCAUAAACGUCGGACCAGUUGUAGCCGGUGUGAUCGGGGCGAGGAAACCUCAAUAUGACAUUUGGGGAAACACCGUGAACGUGGCGUCUCGCAUGGACUCCACGGGCUUGCCCAAUCACACUCAGGUCACGGAGGAAGUCUUUCAGGCCCUCAAAGACUUGCCUUAUCAAUUCGUAUGUCGGGGGAAAGUCAAAGUGAAGGGAAAGGGCGAAAUGACGACCUAUUUCUUGACAGACCGAGCGCCCACGAGCUCUAACAACCACCAUAUCGUCAGCAAUCCACCGCCAAAUCCUCCCACAGCCUACGGUGGCGUAGCGACUCCUCUAGCCAUGUUGCAAAACUCGGCGCGAAGAGCCGUAGCGCCCGCGUCAAGGCUUCCGCCCUUACGAGAGGCGACCACCGCCGGAGAGAAUGAGCCUCUGCUUCCAAACAACCACCAGAACGGCAACAAGGGCAGCAAAGGACGCAGAAAUAACGUGGAAGAUACCCCUCCUCCGCCCCCACCCCACGGUAUAAACGGCAAUCCGAGGUGGCCUCCCCCGAGAGCCCUGGUGCCUCCCUGGCCUAGACCCCAGGAGCCUCGACCGCCGGUCGCCCACAAGAGGAGAGCCCCACCCAGGUUACCCAGACCGAGAUCCAGCGAAAGUCUACCUUUAGCGAGAAGUCCAAGAGUGCACUCGUCUGCAGACGAACUCAGUUCGCUGACGCGCUCCCCGAGUUUGAGCUCGUCGGACGAGAGUUACUCCCGGACGACGGACGCUUCCCCCUCACCACCGCGAGCCGCCCAAUGGCAGCCACCUCGACCUCAAAAAGUCGAAAUAAACCCGAAUCCGGGAUACGAUUAUUACUCCCCCGUCAGAAAGGAGUCGUCCAACAUUAUUUACGACUUCUAUCUUAAGCAUAGGUUGAACAAAAAACCGUCUCUCGAUGACAAACUCCUCGAUGGCAGUAUAAACCUACAAAAAGAAGAGGACAAAUUGCACAGGAGCAUAUUGAAUAUGCAUCAGAUGUCCGCCAAGAGAGACGGGAGCAGCCAAACGGAUAAAAAAGAUGUCCCGCACAGAUUUACGCAAAGGACGAGUUCGUUUUCGAGUUCCGGCAGUCGACCGAAUAAUUUGAAACAUUUGAACGAUGCGAGGGAAGUCUUCACUAAACGCAGCCCUUCUGACAUUGCCUGUGUUCCGCCAUUCGAAAGGGAGAUACAGAGACUACUCGACGAUAAGAAUCUCGCGUUGAACUCACCAAAAAUCGAAAGAAAGGAUUUGAAAUUGGACCUAAGGGCCGCGAACGCGUGCGUUGAAGCAGUGCGCGCGAGCAACAACAACAGCAGUCCGCUGCACGCAGUGGGUUUGGCCGCCAUCACCCACUUGGCCAGGAACGACCCUCCCGCCCUCGCGCACCCCCCCGUGCUACCGUCUCCCCGGACGGACUUCCCGGGCGUCCUGCCCACGGAUGUAGUCGUGGACCUGCCUUCGCCGACGCAUUCCAAGCAGAGCACCAAUCCGCCUCUACCACGAAAGGAACCUGAAAUUACCAAAGAAAAGCGAGAAAAUGUGGAAAGACUACAUCACCGGGUACCCCACCAUCGAGAAUUAGGAGUCUACGGGGAGAGUCAAUCCGAGUGGAGUUCCUCUUGCUCCGAAGGAGAGGGAGAGGGAGAAUGCGGACAACCGGAGAGCACGGGCUACACCACAGACGACCCAGCUCUGGAAAACGUGUCUAUGCUCAACGAAGCCGGUCUGACGGACGCCGAGGCGGCCCUGAGCGACGUCAACUCCUGUUAUUUCGACCGGGAUGAUGACAUCUCGUCCCGGGCGUCCUCUCGUCUCUUGGACUCGGAGGCUCUGGUCUCACUGGAGUCCCUCAGCGCCAUUUACGACUCGGACGAACCAGCUCACAGGUAUUUGGCGAACAUUCGAACUGUAAGCGAAUCCAUCACCAGGAACUUCGGCCAGUCCGCUCACGUGACCGACGGCGAGAGCGACGUCUGAUGGCUCAUGUCUCGGCACGGUUCUACCCGCGUUUAAAUCGUCAAAAUGGCAGCGCGUUUAUCCGCUCGCGGGUAAGAAGCGUGACGCGCGGUUAAUCCGACUUCCAGCUCUCUUAUGAAAUACUCACUCUAGCGCUCGUCCUUCCACUGUGAUCGUGUCACUUAAGAUGUGCCUGAUUCUGUGUAUUUGUGUAAAUUGUUAAUAUGUAAAUGUACUGUAGUGCCAUGAGAUGGCGCCACGAAUCAUCUAGAACGUGAUCUCUACAAUUACAAGGUGCUCUGACUUAGUAAUAUUUGUUCGACUUGUGAUAGACCAAUCUGUCGGUGUCGAGGGCUGGCCCCUUCUCGAGAUUGACUGCUCGACUUGUAGAUAUAAGUAUUGCUGCAUUUCAUUGUGUAUUUAGCGUAAUGUUCUCUCUCGAAUAUCUGCGCUUUCUUUGACGGACGAGUCCUCUCUUAGUUCUAGUCAGAAUUUUUUCUCGUAAGUGCCAUCGGCCAUCGCAUCAAUUUGAAAUAAUCUCGUAGCCCGAUUAGGCGUUGAAUAGAUUUGAAUUUACCCAAAGUACAAUCCGAAUAUUUGUUGUAGAAUAUUCUCAAAUAUUAUAGAGGUUAGUGGAUGAUUUCGUGUCAAUUUCAUGUAUUCGAAUUUUCGUAGAUUAAGGAUAGCUUGUCUAAGGUUAUUUUUGAAAUUUAAAGUCUGUACUUAAAAUAUUGGAAAUAGUUAAAACAUAUAUUCAUCAAAUUUAACGUGGCUGAACUGACCGACCGUAGAUUAUGUGAUUAUUUCUUUCAGACUGUAUAAUUAAAAGUUGACCAUAUUUAUCCGAUUUCACGUACUAUCAGCAAAAGCUUGACACGGAAAUAAAAGCAUUGAAGAUUGUAUAACUUAAAUUCUGCCACAAUACACUCAUUGAUAAUGUCUAUAGCAAAUCUCUGCGCCGUAGAAUCGAAAAAACAAAUGAAAAUUGAAUCUACUCUGCGAUUGUUUUAUAGUUUCUGCUGAUAGUACCUAUGUGCAAUAAUAACCUAUUUGUUUCCGUGAUAUUAAUAUAACUUUGUAAAUAUCGUUAUACUGUCAAGUGCUAUAUAUAUUAAUAAGUAGGUUUAGUGAACAACUUUUUAAUUAUCAUUUGCCUUUUUAGUGGAAUUUAUUAUUGUUCGUGCCAAAUAUUGUGCUUAUUAAGUUCAUUUUUAAAUAUUUCUGUUAAGAUAAUUAAUAACGAUUUUAAACUGAGACAAUUAACUUAUAAUAGACUUGUCGUUUAAAGUUACCAUUUCCGAUAGAUAUGUAUUAUUUCAAAUGUAAUGGACAUACUUCAUCAGUGGCCCGUUUUCCAAAUCGAUAGUCAAUGUCAAUUGUCACUGUCAAUGUCGAUGCCAAAAAUACUUGACAUGGAACUGCAAUAAUCAGAUUUUGGAAUAUGGGCUCUUUAAUCAAUUUGUAAAAAUUGUUGUUUAAUCAAGUAGCUAUUUCGAUGUAAACUUUAUUUCUUAUUUAUUUGAUUAUGCAAUAUUAUAAUUCUUUAUAACUGAUU